AUGCGACAAGCUGGUGCGGAUGCGACUCGCCUGAAUGCGCUUCGAACGUGCAUCCGGGACUUUCAAUGCGCGGCCGCCCGUGGCUCCGAAAGCAGAAGCGACCGCUGUUGGGUGGCCGCCGAAAAUGGGGCCACCACUUUUAUGGGCCUCCUGUGUCCGGGACGUGGGCGACCGCCAAGCGAGGACAACGUCCCCCGAAUUCAUUUCUGUGGACCUGAAGCCGGACGACUGCCACAGCGCCGGGGACAGACCGGGAGCACGGCCGACCAUCGGACGACGCAGCAGCGGCCCAUCGCCAUGAAGUGUGCCGCGUCGCUUGGAGCCUUAGGCUUGGUCCUGGUUCACUGGUUGCCGGCCGUCACAGCAUGGCCGCCUCCACCCGCCGACUUCUGGGCAGCCUACCGGCGUUUCUACCCAGUAGAUGGCGGGGCCCCGUGGACGGCCCAGUCAAGCCCAACAAGCGUUGUAUUUCCUACCCAACGUUACGCACCAGACAGGAUGGACCCGUACAGAUUCGGCUUCACCACGGAUCGCUAUGGUCGAGGCUUCGGCUACAGCUGCAAGGAUGUGUUCGAGUGUCAGGCGCUCAAAGAGAAGCAGGAACUUGCCGCUGAGAGCUACCGUGGCUUCUCUCCUCAGAGCUUCGCGUCACCGCCGCCCUUGGCCGCAUACCGCGAGCCCACAAUGGCCGACCGGGCACCUUCAGGGCACCAGCGGGGCCGCGCUCCACCAGCACGCUUUGCACCCGCCCCGAGGCUGCCCCCGCUACCACCCUAUUGGUGAUGGAACCCCACUUACCGUUGUAUGAAAGGAAGCGAAUGAAAAAAAGGCACAGAGGCUCAAGGGAAAAAAGAAA